GUGUUUCAUAUACUAAUCCCACAAAGCAAAACCUAUGGAGAACAAAUUAAUGACAACCGUUAUCCUUACUCUCCUCUUCUUCACCACUCUUCUUCACCCUGCACUCUCAGAGCUAUGCAACCAAAAUGACAAAACAGUCCUUCUCCAAAUCAAGAAAGCUUUCAAUGACCCCUAUGUUCUCACCUCAUGGCAUGAAGACACCGACUGCUGUGAAUGGUACUGCGUCGAGUGUGACACCAAAACGCACCGUAUCACCUCCUUAUCAGUCAUUGCUGGUUCUCUGUCGGGACCUAUCCCACCCCAAGUCGAAGACCUCCCUUACCUGGAGAACCUCGACCUCCACAAACAAGUUAACCUCACGGGUCCCAUCCCACCGGCCAUUGCUAAACUCAAACGCCUCAAGAGCCUCCGACUAGAUUGGACCAGCCUCUCCGGUUCGGUUCCAGGUUUCUUAAGCCAACUCACCAGCCUCACUUCCCUCGACCUCUCUUUCAACAAACUAGCUGGACCGAUCCCGGCUUCGCUCUCCAAGCUACCAAAGCUUAACUACCUUCGGCUGGACCGGAACAAACUAACUGGACCGAUCCCAGACUCGUUCGGAGAGUUUAAAGGAGAGAGGUUUUAUUUGGUGUUGUCUCAUAACCAGCUCUCCAGUAAAAUACCAGCUUCGUUGGGAAUAAAGAAGGACUUCGCUAAUAUAGACUUGUCGAGGAACAAGCUUGAAGGUGACCCGAAAGCGUUGUUCGGGUCGGACAAGAAGGUCGAAUUUGUAGACCUGUCGAGGAAUUUGCUGGAGUUUGACAUGUCUAAAGUUGACUUCCCCAAGAGCUUGGCGUGGUUGGAUGUUAAUCAUUAUAAGAUAACGGGGAGUCUUCCUGUCGGACUUACCGCACUGAAUGAUUUGCAGUUUUUGAAUGUGACUUAUAAUAGGUUGUGUGGGAAGUUUCCGGUGGGUGGGAAGUUGCAGAGAUUCGAAGGCACGUCGUAUUUCCAUAACCUUUGUUUAUGUGGUGCUCCGCUACAACGUUGCAAAUAGUGAUGCAGCUGAAGUUUAGUUUUCCUGACCUAGCUUUUAUUGUCUAUGUCGUUUUAUCUUUGAUGUUUUAUGAGUAAUGUGUUUCUCUAAUGUCGUUUUAUUUAUGUGUUGCAUGCUGAAUGUACAGCAUCUUGUCUUUCUUUGUAAACGGUACUGUUUGAUGAUGGCCAAAGAUGAUUGUUUUAAAAACAACAAUCCUGUUUCUGUUUGAAGAGGAGAGGAGUGUAUAAGCAAUCAUGUCUAGAGCAAUUAUUAUGUUUUAAAUUUCUGAUGUUGAUGAGAAUAUCACUUUGUUUUGUUCCAA